ACAGCGUUCCCCGCAACAGCUGCGAGCUACCUUGUUAUAUUCCUCCUCGUUACGGAAGUACUGAAGCCGGCAAAGGGGGGCCAGUAGAGAAACAGGAGAGGAGCAGGGCAAGUUAUAAACGGCCGCAUUGUCACACGGCGGUCCCGGACAACAUUACGGCACCGUACAAGUCGAGGACAUCACCAGAACAUUAAAGGCUUCUCCGAUGUUCGUGCGGGAUUAUAACACGACAGCGAGACGAGUAGAGGUGCGGAGUGGAUUUUAUUAAACAGGACUGUAGGAUUAUAGGAGUGCCAUGGCCACCAUGGACCAAAGUUUGCAUAUUCUGCAGAAAACGACCGACGUCUCGAGCGACAAGAUCGUUCAAGAUGUGCCGACGGGGCUCGCGCUGGACAUGAGCUUAAGUAUGGACAGACGAAACGAUUUCGCGGUUCAACCAAUGGUCGGACUUCCGGACAAAAUUCCCCUAGUUAAACCUUACUUUAAAAAGAAACACGGACAACGAAAACUUGACACCAAAUGUCUACACCGGGCUCUCGAAGACCCUAUUCUCCAGACCUUGCUGAGUACGGACGCUCUGGUCACAGGCGACGGAGUGUUUGUCCCUCACAGUCAAACGAGUCGGACCCCGGGAAACAUAUGCGCGGCGGCGGUGGUGAAACAAACAUGUAUCGGUCAGGUGUGUCUGAAGAAUUCGGGGGCUGGCGGUGCGGUGGCAGGGUUGUUGGCCCACGACACCGACGCGGAAAUGGCCGACACUACAGCGGAACUGGAAGAGACGGAGCGACGGAGAGUGGAGCGGCCAAAGCUCGCGGGACUAGCGAUUCAGAGGGUCGCGAUGGAUUCUAACUCUGACAACCACUGCUUUCAACUGAAGCCUUCCCUAGGUGCCGUGAGUCCAGCGGCCGGGGGGACUGUUGCAAUGACAACACCUACCCGGGUCACUCCCAUAGUAUCACCCCCACCUCCUCGCCAAGAUAGGGGCAUUAAAACCGGUGACCUCUUCGCCUCUGAAGCCUUGCGGGGGGCAAAUUGCCUCCCCAUCAAAGCGACCAGAGGCCCUCCUCCACUCACCCAGGCCUCUCAGUCUGACAAAGGAGUGAUAUUUCAGAAUAAAAGUGAGGAGGCCUCAUUGGACCUGGUCUUUGAGCUUCUCACUCAGCUUCAGUAUCAUACGCACCAGUCGGACGCGGUGUCCGUUUGUGUGGAUUUCCUGCAGGGUCUGUGUGUGUACGGCAGUGACUGUGCCCACCACCAUACUGUGUUGCCCUACCACUGGCAGAUCCACAGCAGCAGCAGUCACACCUGGCAGAGCAUAGCGGACGAGUCCCAGGAGCAGCUGGAGAGACUGUACUGCAACCCAGACAACGAACAAGUCAGGCUCAAAUUCAAGGGUCGAGUGUUCUCCCUGGACUUCGGGGCCUUGCUGGUGUGUGAUAUGGAGUUUGACCGUGUCCGGAGGCUGUCCACGCCCCCCAGCCCAGCGAAUACACCCCCAAGCCCCAGCCCCAACCCCGUCCCAAGCUGCCACACGGUGUGGAAGUACUACUGCAGAGACAACUUCGGCUGGAGGGAAUACUCAGAGCCGGUGGUGAGGUUGAUUGAGGAGGCAAGCGGCCGCGGGCUGAAGGAGGUGCGCUUCAUCACACUGCAGAACCAGUACAUCCUCAACAUCAAGGAGGGCUUCCAGCAGAACGCCGUGUUUGGCUUCCGCCGGCAGAUCAAGAAGCGCCCCAUGUACACGUCGUCGGUGAUGCUGUCGCCGCACCUGCAGACUCUAGGCGCCCUCUCCUCUUCUCCUCACCCCUCCUCUUCCGUGGCCGAGCAGCUCUCCAGCCCUCUCCCGCUCUCGCCCACCACUUGCAACCCUACCCUCUUCCCCGAGACGUGGUUGCCCAUGGCGACCAGCCAGGACUUCCUGCAGGUGCCGGUCUCCCGCGAGGACCGGAGCUACCGCACGGUGUACAGCCUGUUCCACAAGACGGUGUCGGAGACCAUCAGGAUCCUCAAGAUCCUGCGGGUGCAGAACCCCUUCCUGUAGAAAUACAAGAGGAAGAAGGAGUACAUGUCCCGGCGGCUCUCGGAGAUGGACCGCAUGCUGAGCGAGCGCCACCUGUUUCACGGCACCUCGGCCGACGUGGUGGAGGGCAUCUGCAAGCACAACUUCGACCCGCGCGUCUGCGGCAAGCACGCCACCAUGUUCGGCCAGGGCUCCUACUUCGCCCGCAAGGCUGUCUACUCCCACAACUUCUCCAAGCGCUCGCCCAAAGGGGUCCACUGCAUGUUCCUGGCCAGGUCCUCACGGGCAGGUGCGUAACAGUGGUGUGUGUGUGUGUGUGUUUAGGAUACUAAAUGGAUUUGACUGCAAUAGCUACAGAAUGACAUGCGUUGGUUUUUCGUUGGACCAUGGCAUUAUCCGCGGUUCUGUCCCAUGACCACAGCGGUCACGCUUAUAGCGCUGGCAUUUUAAACCACUGCAUGCAUGUACGCACGCGUGCAUUGCGUGCCCAUAUCCGACCGAAUUCCCGUCAACGCAUGCCACUUCACUCCCACGCCGUACUUUUUGUGUCUUUUAAGCAUCCACAACGUCUUUAAAA